AUGUCAAACUCUAAGGUCAAUGCUAUCCCCGAAAGCGUACCACUACACCGUUCUACGGUCCAAGAGCUACACAGCUGGAGAACUAGAGAUAUAAGCGCUAUUUUCAACGAAACCCGCUCUCAGUUCUCAAAUACUUUAAAUCAACUAGCAGAAACGGACUUGAAAGACGCGUCAAGCCUAAGUAGCCUCGCACAAGUUUAUAAAGACUUUCAAAACCUGGAAUCGCAGCAAAAAGUACUACAGGGGAACAUAACGGAUGCGAAAACGCGGUACAGAACACAAAGUGAUGAGCUCCCGCCUGUGACGUGGGAAAAUUGGGAUGCUUACCGUGAAGGCCGACUACAAGCGCCAAAGCUCAGCAACGUUUUUGCAGAUGUAGAAAGAGAGAAGAAGGGGAAUGCUCGCGCGAUGCCUAACGACUCUUUGUCCCGACUUUUCAAAGCAUUGCCCCACAUUCUUGCCGAUCCACAGUGUAUAUUGCCAGAUGAGCGGACCGAUGACGAUUUGCAGAUCGAAGGUGGAAGGAUAGAGCUCACUUGCCCUAUCACUUGCAUGCCGUUCAAGAAGCCAAUGAUAUCAAGAAAAUGUGGCCAUGUAUUCGACUUCGAUGGUAUUGAACAGCAUUUAGCUGGUCAACCCACAAAGGAUUGUCCGCAGAGCGGCUGUGGCCAAAAGGUUGCUAUGAAAGAUCUGAUCAGGGACGAGGUCAUGGAACUACGAUGCAAAGUCGCGGCUACGAAAAGCACUUCAGCCAAAGCAGAAGAGGCUCUCCAUACGGUGUGA